AUGGUCAAGAACGAGACAGAACGACAGCGUGGCGACGACCAGGUGGUGCUCCAUGCCCACGACGCCCACGACGGCGAUACCGAGUCUAUCAUGGCUGUGGAUAAGGACUCGCCUGGUGUGCGCCGCAUCGAGGCCAUCGUGUCGACAUGGACCACCAAGGACCGCGUCUACUUCCUCUCUGCCCUCGUGGUCAUGACCUAUGCCCGCUCUCUCGCGGCGAGCCUCAUGGGCACGUACCAGAGCCACGCGCUCAACGAUAUGGGUGAAGCGGGACGCGCAGGAAUGGUCCGUACUGUCCGCCAGGUCCUCACAGCCACCACCCUUCCAAUCACCGCCAAGCUCUCCGACUACGUCGGGCGUACCUUCAUUCUCACAAUGACUGCCAUCUGCUGGAUCAUUGGCCCUGCUAUUGUCGCCAGCUCGAACGAUCUCGGCACUUACCUCCCUGGUUUCCUCAUCUACACUCUCGGCCACGUGUGUGGAAACAUUCUCAGCUACGCCCUUGCGGUUGACACCACGACGCUGCGCAACCGUCUCUUCAUGCAGUUUGUCUACAUCUUCCCCUCAGUUAUCAAUGUCUGGUCUUCGGGCGUCAUUGCUGCAAAGUUUGUCAACGGCGUCGGAUGGCGCUGGGGCGCCGGCAUGUGGUCGAUCGCCGCCCCAAUUUGCACCCUCGGUGUGAUGGCCGUCUUCGCAUGGGGGUCAUUCCGCGCCCGCCGCCUCGGCCUCAUGCGUGGAAUCCCCUCUGCUUGGGGCCUCUUCACCAGUGCCAAACGUUGGAAGCACCUCUUCUGGGUCAUGGACAUCCCCGGCCUCUUUUUCCUCGCAGCUUCCCUUGCCCUCAUCCUUCUUCCUCUUUCUCUCGGCGGCGGUGUUGCUGCCAAGUGGCGGUCUGCCCAGUGCAUCGUUCCGCUCGUCGUCGGCGUCCUCUGUCUUCCCAUGUUUGCUCUCUGGGAACUCAAAUGGGCCCGCCACCCCAUCUUCCCCUUCAAGCACAUGAAGGACCGCCACGUCAUGAUCAUUCUCAUUCUCUCGCUUGUCAAGGCGAUUGCUGGAGGCACCCGCGACUCGUACCUCUACUUCACCCUCAUCGUGUCAUUCAACCAGGGUGUCGAGGGUGCCACUCGCAUUAACACGCUUGAGGGUUUCGCCGGCUCUCUGACCCUCAUUUUCGUUGCCUUUAUCGUCCGCAAGUACAGGGUCGUCAAGCCCCUCAUCAUCGCCGGUACCGUCCUCCAGACCGUGGCGCAGGGCAUGCUCAUCCACUUCCGUGGUGGCUAUGGCAAGAGCCAGCUCGUUGGUCUCAUUGCCGGUGAGAUUUUGGAGGGUAUCGGAAACGGUCUUUCGUCACACCCCUCCCUGGUUGCCAUGCAGGCCAAGCUUGGCCAUGAGCACGCUCUCCUCGUCACGUCCUGCUGGUCCGUUGGCUCACAGGCUGGUGGUGGUAUCGCGGCAGCCAUUUCAGGUGCCAUCUGGACGCAGCUCAUGCCUGGCAAGCUCCUGGCUGGCCUCCAGGCUGCGGGGGUCCCCAACGCCGCCAAGGUCGCACAGUCGGUCUUCAAGAGUCCCCUCACUUUCGUCAAGGAGAACCCUCCCUACUCUAUUGGGCGUGAGGCCAUUGUCCCCGCCUACCGUGAUGUCCAGAAGAUUCUCUGCAUCAUCGGCGUCGUGCUUAUGGGCAUCAUGCUCCCUCUGACUUUCCUCAUCGACAAUGUCUCGCUCGACGACCGCAACACUCUGGCCAAGGAAAGCGAGUCGGACUCCUCCGACGAGCCCGAGCCCCGCAACCUCAACUCUGAGGGCGUCGACCACCGCCGCGAGCUCAACACUUUCCCUGAAGAUGAGAAGCCCGGCGUUUCCGACUCAAAGGCUUAG